GCAGAAGAGAGGCAAAGAGAAGAGCAGCUCGUCUCAUUUGACAGCCAUGAGGAGUGGAACCAGAUGCAGAGCCAGGAGGAUGAGGUGGCCAUCACUGAGCAGGAUCUCGAACUUAUUAAAGAGAGGGAAACAGCAAUUCAACAGCUGGAGGCUGACAUUUUGGACGUCAAUCAGAUAUUUAAAGAUUUGGCCAUGAUGAUCCAUGACCAAGGUGAUCUGAUUGAUAGCAUAGAAGCCAAUGUGGAAAGCUCGGAGGUACAUGUUGAAAGAGCCACUGAUCAGUUACAGCAAGCUGCUUACUAUCAGGUAAAAACAGGUACCAAAGAAAGUCACUCUGUGCUGCAGACUUUACGGGCCAUCAGAGUACACUGACACAUUGAGAACAGCUGCAGCUUUUGCUUAGCCUUAAGCUGGAAUCAAGUAGUCAUAACUGCAGUCCAGUUCUACUUUUAGUGUUUCAUUUUGCAGAGAGAUCUACAAAAAGUUAUCAAACCUUGAUAAACUUACACAGAAGCCUCUUAACUGCAAAGCUAACCCCAUAAACUAGCAUGCCUAAAUCUGGUAAGGCUAAUUUUAUACCCUGUAAUAGUCCGUUUUGUGUUGCUUAUAACAAAAUACU